AUGGCCCAGAAGUUCUUCGGCUUAACAGGAAAGGCCCUUCGCUUGGCCCAAAUCGUCCUCGUCGUGGCCCCAGCAUUUAUUAUUUUCGGAUAUAACCAAGCUGGCGCUGGUCCCCUAGCGACCCUGGAAAGCUUUGUUCGCGUGUUUCCCCAAAUCGAUACUGUCAACACAACAGGCGCUGUGGAAGCGAAGAAUUCCACCGGCAAGGGUGCCGUCAUUGCCUCUUUUCAAAUUGGAGCACUGAUAGGCGCCCUUUCUUGCACAGUCUUAUCUGAACGUCUAGGCCGUCGAAAGACCAUUUUCGUUGGCUCGAUCCUCACUAUCAUUGGUCAAGUGCUUCAGGUCUCAGCUUACUCACUGAUCCAAUUUACCGUGGGUCGAAUCAUUCUUGGUAUGGGAACUGGCCAAUUUAGUGUCGCUGUCCCGGUCUGGCAGUCUGAAUCUGCAUCAGCCAAGAAUCGUGGCCAGAAUGUCAUUAUCGCGGGUGUAUUCAUGUGUCUCGGAUACGCUCUUUGCAAUUGGAUCGACUUUGCGUUCACGAAGCUUCCUGACACGAACACUGGACAGUGGCGAGGACCUUUAGCCAUAUCUUUUUUCUUUUCCCUUGUCAUCUUGGUAUCCGUAUUUUUUCUUCCCGAAUCGCCUCGCUGGCUCGUUCGCGUCAACAGAGUGGAGGAAGCAUCUGCAAAUCUAGCAGCCUACAAGGGCCUUUCUCCCGAUGAUGAAAGCAUUAAAUCUGAGAUCGCCGGCAUCGAAAUGUCCUUGGAAGCCACCUCCCAGUCAAAGGGGGCAAUUAGAGAAAUGUUCUCAAAAAACGACGAAGAACGUCUGCUCUAUCGGUUCAGUCUUUGCAUCGUCCUACAAUUCUUCCAACAAAUGUGUGGAGGCAACCUCAUCUCCGUCUAUGCAUCUACAAUUUUCAAGAGUAAUCUACAUAUGAGCUCCAACCUUUCAUCUAUCCUAGCUGCCAGUGCUCUUACCUGGAAGUUUCUCUGCUGUUUCAUUGCGUUCUUCGCUAUCGACCGUCUCGGCCGCCGCACAUUGUUCAUUAUCAGCGGAGCGGGCAUGUCAGCUUGUAUGGCCGGUUUGGCUAUAACAACCAGCUUUGACUCGAACAACAAGCACGCGUCAGUUGCUUCAGCUUCUUUGAUUUUCCUGUUCAACCUUUUCUAUCCGAUUGGCUUUUUGGGUGGCAAUUUCUUGUACUGCACUGAAGUUGCACCAAUGCGUCUGCGAGUCGCUAUGGCGUCUAUCUCUACUGCGAAUCAUUGGAUGUGGAACUUCGUUGUGGUCAUGGUUACUCCGGUGGCUCUUGAUACUAUUGGCUACCAGUACUAUAUCAUGUAUGCGAUCUUGUCCGCCUGUAUUCCUGUGGUGGUUUAUCUCUUUUUCCCGGAGACUAUGAAUCGCAACUUGGAAUUGCUGAACCAUGUGUUCCAGGAUGCUUCGUCUCCUUGGCAGAUAGUUUCUAUGGCGCGGAAUUUGCCUCAAGGAGAGGUGACUGAGGCGGACUUGGUGGCUCAUAAUGACGGAAAGGACGACUGCUCUGUUGAGAUGAAAGAACAUGCUUGA